GGGGAAACGGGACGCUUAGUACAAGACAAACGCCAGAGAAGCAGUGUGUAAGUGAGGAAAAUUCACAAUAUUCCUCAAAAAACCGAGGAAAAUGACGCGUCUCUGUAUCUGUGAGAUGUGCAGCUGUGGCCGCCACCGUUGCAUACACCAGCCCACAGCACUUUACAAGAAAGGCAGCAAGACUAAUGUGUUGUCAGAGUACUCAGAGAAGUAUCCUGCCUAUAAAGGGCACACGCGGCCCAAGAGUGUCAAGCCCCCACUGCAGUAUAAAGCUCAUCAGGACACGAUGGAAAGAACAACCACCUUCAGGACAGACUAUGUCCCGUAUGUGGUCACCCGUCGCCCUGAGAAACCGCAGGCCGAGUACAAGCCCAAGCCUGGAGAGAUUGACUUAGGAACGACCUAUAAACAAGACUUCAACCCAUAUGAAGUGCAACCAUUUGUUCCUUCACGUCCGAAAGAGAGAGUACAUACCACAGAUGUAAAACUGGACACCAUACCCACCUAUAAAGAGGAUUUUCGUCAGUGGGAGAUCAGCAGACGGGAAUUGACUAAGCCUGACACACCGUAUCAACCCCCUGUUACAAAGUUUGGGAAUUCCACGACAUUCCAGGACGAUUUCGUCCACAGAGGCCUUGUUCCACGUGAGAGCUACAAGCCCCCAAGCAUAGCCAAGCUAUCCGAUGCUCCUUUCGAAAACAUGACCAGCAACAAGCUCUCCUAUGUUCCGCACGCUCUAGAAGCCCGGUAUGUUAAACCGCCAGUUGAAUACAAACCCAACAGCCAACCUUUCCAGGACCUCACCACCCAUCGACAAGACUAUCAAGGCCUGCCGAGUCAGCUGACCAAAAGCUGCAAGCCUGAGCCGCUCAAAGUGGCCUCCAACAAGCCCUUCCAGGGCAGCACGGAAUUCCGCGACCGUUUCCAGCAGUGGCCCGUGUCCCUCCGGCAGGUGCAGAAGUCGGUGGAGUAUAUGAUUCCAACAGAGCACAUGGACCUGACUACCACCUCGCACACCGACUACAUCAAGCACCAAAUCCAGCCCUUCCUUUCCGCCAAACCCUUCUUACUUCCCACUAAGUCCUCCACGCCCUUUCAGGGCAGCACCACCAUGAGAGACGACUUCCAGCCGUGGGCAGCACCCCGUCAAAGCAUGAUCCGGAAACCAGAGGAAAUCCAGCGAGCCAGUGGGAAAAUGGAAGAUCUGACCACCUUCAGGGCUCAUUUCAUUCAGCAUGAAGCUCAGCCUAGUUUCAGCUUCAAGCCCCAAAACGCACCGCUGCGGACCGACGCUCCCCUACAGAACGACACCAUGUACCGCACCGAGUUCACACCCAAGAAGAUCAGCAUGUGUCCGGCCAGUUUCGAGUCUCCGCCGGGGUUUGUUUUCGAUAAUUACGAUGAUCGAGGCCACCGCUUCUUCCGCAAGAUGACGUCUGCUGACAAGAUUGAGACGCCGCAGGAAAUGGUCUUGACAGCUUAAGAAAGUCAUCAUGUUGUUUCUAUAAAAGGAAACUAGCAUACAGUGUGAUCUCUCUAAUUUAUUGUAAUCCUACGGGGAAUCGUAAUGAAUUACGGUUAAAGGUCAGUGGGUUGAACUAUCUUUCAUAAAACAUUGAUUAUGCAGUUUAAAAUUUUAGCUAGUUUUAAAUUUUCAAUAGGAUGAAACUGCAGUACAGUUGUAGGCUAUAACAGUGAGUACUAUAAUAUGUCAUAAAUCAGUUUUUGACAAUACCAAUUAAUUAGUUCAGUAUCAAAAUCACUUCUACACUACUAUAUAAAAGUUUGCGAUGAGUUUAAAAUGAAAUUCAAUUAUAAUGUUUCAAAGGAUGUCUAUUUCAAAUAAAUGCUGUUCUUUUGAAGAAUCUUUUAAAAAAAAUGUAUCACGGUUAAGUUAUAUGAAGCAGCACAACUGUUUUCAACAUUGAUAAUAAUCAGAAAUGUUUCUUGAGCAGCAAAUCAGCAUAUUAGAAUGAUUUCUGAAGGUGUAAUGGAGCAAUGAUGCUGAAAAUUCAGCUUUGCAUCACAGGAAUAAAUUACAUUUUAAAAUGUAUUGAAAUAGAAAAUAGUUGUUUUAAAUUGUAAUAA